CGGUCAUGGCAAUGUUCCGUAGUCUGGUGUCCUCGUCCUCCCAGCACCGGCAGCAGCAUCAUACUCACCAGAGCCAGUCGUCUCCGUCGUCUGCAGACAGCCUGGAAACGCAGUAUGGCUGCCCCAUCUGCCUGGAGGUGUAUUACAAGCCCGUGGCCAUCGGGAGCUGCGGUCACACGUUUUGUGGCGAGUGCCUGCAGCCAUGUCUUCAGGUCCCAUCCCCGCUAUGCCCUCUCUGUCGUAUGCCAUUUGACCCAAAGAAGGUGGAAAAGGCCUCCAAUGUAGACAAACAGCUCUCUUCAUAUAAGGCUCCCUGCAGAGGCUGCAGUAAGAAGGUGACCCUCGCAAAGAUGCGAUCCCACAUUUCUUCAUGUGCCAAAGUCCAAGAACAGAUGGCCAACUGUCCGAAGUUUGUUCCUGUAGUCCCAACAUCUCAACCUAUUCCCAGUAAUAUUCCAAACCGUUCCACGUUUGUCUGUCCAUAUUGUGGAGCCCGAAACCUGGACCAGCAAGAACUUGUGAAACACUGCAUGGAGAACCACAGAAGUGAUCCCAACAAAGUGGUUUGCCCUAUAUGUUCAGCAAUGCCAUGGGGAGAUCCUAGCUACAAGAGUGCCAAUUUUCUUCAGCACCUUCUUCACCGGCAUAAAUUCUCUUAUGACACAUUUGUGGUAUGUAUAUUCACAAGCAGUGAAAAUAAAGUUCUCAUGUGGUCACUGCACAUUUUACUUUUGUUACCAGAGUUUCACUGGCAUCUGGAGCAAGUCCAAAUAACUUUACAAAAAGAUACUGUAUCUUUCGGUGUUCAGCAGGUAAAUAGAAAGAACAAUACUUACCCUCCUCACUCACCAUUGCUGCUGUUUUGGUGUCAGCCCCAGCUGCAAGCACUUUUAUGUGUCAGCUCAGGGACCUUACUCAGCCACUGAUCAGGAAGGUCCUUGUGACAACCUACCCAAGGAAGUGCUUUCAGCAAGGAUCAACACCAAGAUGGCUGCAGUGGGAGCACAUAGAGGGUAAAUAUAUUUUAUUCCUGGUUCCCACAAUGAAGGAAGCUGCUCUCUCUCUCUCUCUCUCUCUCUCUCUCUCUUUAAGCCUGCAGCCGGUGAGCCACAGGGACUAAAUCCCAGGACAGGUGGGAUGACGUGAUAUCAUUGUGUCAGCCAGUUCGGGGGAUUGCGUGUGUGUGGCUCUUAGGCUGCAGGCCUAAACUGCCUGCAGCCUGUGUGAGUGAAUGGUGAAGAGGACCUUCCAGGACACUGGGCUACCAAUCUAGUGUGUGUAUCCCUGACACCCAGUGCUAAUAAUGCCCCUGCUGUGCAGUCAGUAACUCUAUUGCAGAAUCACUGCAAUUUGCGGUAAAUCACAUAUAGUUUUGCUGCAUAGUGAUUGGCUGUGCAGCAUGGUACCACUGUGUGUGAACUCAGCCUUUAAAGGUUUAUUUUAUUUUUUUAAAUUCAUGCUCAGUCCACUGUAUUUGCUUUUACUCUGAUCUCGUGUGUUGUAGGAUUACAGCAUCGAUGAAGAAGCAGCAUUACAAGCAGCACUUGCUCUGUCGCUGUCAGAAAACUGAAGAUUUCUGUUAGACGCAAGGUUUCCCUGCGUUGUCACCCACGAUCGAGGCUUGUACAUUCCUUCCAAAACUAGCUAAUCACUUUUUCCUUUUCCCCAUGCCUUUCUCUAGUAGUGUUUUUAUUAGUAAGGUGGAAUCUUUUAAGAAUUGCCAAGUUAAAUUUUUGGGCCGGAUCUGUGUCUUGGUGCAAUCAGCUAGGGAAGCAGGAAUGAGGUGCCAACCACUACUGCUUCUCUAGUUUUAUUUAGUUUUUUUGUUGGUUUUUUUUAUACUUAUUUUAUUGUGGCACUUUCUAGAAGUAAAAAGAGUUUUUACAAUGAAUAUUGAGUAUAUGGGAGAUGGGAUCAAAGGUAAUAAGGACUCUGAGUAUUCAUCAGUAGAUGAAUAGAAAAGCAGAUUGGAUGGUGGUUAGGCCUCAGCAUUUGACUGCUGGCAUAUAGGCUUUGCCUAUGUUUCCAUAGAUCACUUAAAUCUUUUACUAUUUUUCCUUUGGACUCAUGGUAGACAGAAGCCGUGAUUUAGAGCUUUACACUAUACAGUGUAAAAAAUGGUACAUAUUUGUAGAUUUACAAACUUAAUAUAGUUAUUGAUGUAAAUCUGAACUCUAUAAUAAAGACAAGGAGAACAAAUAGAGGCCAAAAACUCGGUGUGAAGACAAACCUAACCAGCACUUUAUAUUUCUUUAUAUUAAACAUUUUUUGUAUAGAUCUAGAGGGAGAAGUUAAAGAAAUGAACCGUAUUCAACUUGUAGGAAUGUAACAGCAUAAGGUGAAAAGGGACCUUUGUGCUUUAAAAAGCAUUAGAUCAUUUAUAUUCUGCAUCAUAGAACUGUUUAAAGUUUACAUAUAUAGUUUAAUGUAUAAAAUGUGAUUUUCUAUGUGGGUAAGUUAGGAGCAUAUGAUGACAUCGAAUUUUCGGUAGCUUUUGUUUUGCAACCAUUUUAUUGCUCUGCUGCAUCUGAAGUAAAGCAACUUUGCAACUUCUGUCACCUACUUUCACCAACCUACCAAAUGUUACCAAGACGUUGGAGACCAUGGAAAGAGAGUUUUGUGUAGGAGCUGUACAUAUAAAAUGGUAGAUUACAACUUCUUUACAGAAUGAUGUCUUCUUUCAUAUGCAUUGGAACAAUAAACAUGGUUGCAGAGUUUAUUCAUCGUGUUCCACUACGGUGGAAGUGCUGUCUAAAGUGCUGGCACUAACAAAUAGUCCAAUUGGAUAAAAAUUGACCCCUGUAUGAAGAACCUUUUCUAGAGAAUUCGUAAAAUGUGGCUGUUGAAUCUUUCCAAAUUUGUAUAUUGUUGAAUAUUGGCAGGGAAUAAAACUAGCAAAUUCUGUGAAGCUUCCACCUUGAUGCAGCUGCUGUACCACUGUGUGGGUGAGUGUAUCUGUACUUCGGUGAACCGGUAACCCUGGACUGUAAAUCCAAAAUCCGGGAGAGGUAACUAUGUAAUUUCUGAUGUACAAUGUACCUCUAGUGGGGGUUAAAGUGUAACUCCACCGAUUACUAACAUAAAACCUGUACAAGACUUAGGCUCGAUCACACAUGUACAAGACUUGAUUCACACAGUGCAAAAUAAAAGCUGUGCUGUGAUUGGUUACUGUGGGCAACACAGUUUUUUUUUUUUUUUUUUUUUUUAGGUGUUUUUAAACAGUUUCAUAAAUUUGCCCGAAUGUGAUAACUUGACAGCCUCUUUUCCAUAGACUUGAAAAGAACAUACUAUUAGAUUAAUAAAACUGCCACUUUUUAUUUUACUCAGUGUGGAUCCGGUUUUAAAUAUACGCAUUUACAAGUUUAGAAGAUGUCCCUAGCUGAUGGAGAUCCUCUUCACCCAUUGUCUACAUUAUAGAUUGUAUAAUUACGUGUGACACUAGAUAGGAGUGGAGCUACCCUUAUGUGUGGAUACAGCAGCUGACACCUCUUUUCUCUGGGUGAUCCUGGUGUGGGGUUCUUGAGUGGUGGAGUACUCUCUAGAACACUGCAGGAAUCAUUUUUCUCUCUGUUUCCACACACUGUUGGCGUUGUCCUUUUUUUGCAGAAGGAAAAAAAAGUCUAUUGAUGUGAUGGGCUUUAGUCCUGGUGCUUUUAAUCCAGUGGCCUAAACAAAAGCAGAAAAAGAAAAACAAUGUGGCAGCUUUCUUUUAGAUAUAGCACCACCCUUGCCCAUGGGCUUUGUCUGAUAUCGCAGCUUUGCCCUAUUCUUUUCAAUGCAGCAGUAUCCGCUGCCUCUGGACAAGUGAGGCACUAAUUCUGGAAGGCAGCAGCCAUGCUUAUCUGAUCUCUGACCUAUCAGAGUAAGAAGAAACCUAAAAAGGUUGUCAUGUGCUGUGCUUUGGACCAAUGCACUAAUUCCUUACACAUAGAUCAGUCUUUGACACAUCAGAGCAUACACUGUCAAUAAACACCAGCUAACAGUAAUGCAUCAUGUAAAAAAGUAAUAAACUUAGAAUAUCUAUGUAAAAAAAAAGCCAUUUCCAGUGAAGUCUUUGUAACUUUGUGCCCGGCUGCCAGAAAACUGAUCAAUCCAGAUCCCAGUACUC